UGCUGUUUCUUUUUAUUAGAACGAUGUUGUGCUCUACAUUGAUUUUUUGGUGACUCUUUUGUGUUCUGCGUAUCCAGAAAAGAUGGAUGGUAUUAUGGAGAUGCUGAGAGGGUUGCAAGAAUCCUUAAACCAACAACAAAUGCUGCUUCAGAAAAAUAGCCAAAAUAUCAAAAGUAUUAGUAAUAGGGUAAAAAGAAUUGAACGUCAGAUUUAUGAUAAUCAAAAAGCAACAUCAACAGCACUAGAUUAUGUUCAGGAAGAUUGCCAAACUAUUUUGGACCAUACAGCUGAUUUACAGUCCCAAUCAAGGCGAUCCAGCCGCCAAUUGAAGAAUCUCAGUAGUGGAUUAAAGUUACCGAUGGAAAAAUAUGUGUCUGACUCUGACAAUGGUUUUGCCAGGAAUAAUCCAACUUUUCUAGGGAAUCGUCGCAAUAAAAAGUUUCGAAGAAGUCUAGAUCAAAUGAGUAAGCAGUUUAGUACCCCAGGAUCAGACAGUGAUAGUGGUAGUGACGAGGAUGUAAUGUUGAAUGUUAAUGGACCACAGGUCGGAGAUCACCACCUGAUACCCAGUGGCCAUAACAGUCACUUACGGGGCGAACCACAGUCUCUGAGGAACUCAAAUGUAAUAGAGGAGGUUCCAACCACAGUGCCACCCAUGAAUGAUUUAGAAGGUGACAUCAAGGCACUUCAAUCUGCAACGAACAUAUCACUUAAUCAACCGAGCCUCAACCAGUUACCAAACAUGUCCGGAGAAACCCUAGUAACUCCAGCUUCCACAUCAAACUUAUUUAUGUCACCAACAGAACAACCCUCUUCUAGUACCAGGCAUAAAGACCUUGCCAGCUCCCAAAGUUCCAAUGGUUCAGCCAAUCUGAAUAUCCCAACGCCAUUGCAAUCAAAUAUACCCCUUCAAACCAGAAAUCCUCUACUACCUUCAGGUGGUGCCAGUUCAACCAAUUCAAUGUUUCUGGAUCAAAGACUACAUGUAGAUAGCAAUUCUCAUAUACAACCUGAAGAUUCAUCUUCAUCGAUGACCCCAUCAACCACUCAAAAUACCACACCCAUUCGGUCUUCACCUAUUAUGCAUAACACUACCUCGACCUCAUUAUCAGCGACAACACCCACAACUGUACUGGCCACAUCCCCAACUGAACAGGCUAUGCCUACCUCUAUACAAACCACACCCACAUCUAUACAGACCACACCUACACACACCAUACCAACAGCUCAAACAUCACCAUCAGUGCCAAAUAUACCAUUAACACAACCCCAGACGAAUGCCAAUACGGCAUCGCCUGCAUUACCAGUUCCUACAAACAUACAGGUUACUCCCUCAUCAACAAGUUGGUCAGGUGAAAUGGGUUUAUUCCUGGAGCCAGACUUCAGUAGUGUUGAGAAAGUGAUUGAGUCUCUGGGAUUGCCAGCCAAUAAAGAUACCAUGAAAGCUAUAGGCACAGCUUUUACAAGUGAUAUUGAACCUCCGAUGGAACGUCCAAAGGGUCUGUACACAGUGUUACUGGUGGAUACCUCCAAUAGUACUAGUAAUCACGCUGUAAAGGCUACCAUCAAAUCUUUCAUGGAGGACUUUAUGGAUGAGGUUGAAGAUUCAGCAGCCAAUGAAACGCUAGAGGAGAAUGUUGCUCUGGUAACAUUUGGAAUGAACACUGGUGUUCAACAAGGUUUUACAAAUGACUUCUCUCUCAUAAGGGAUGCAUUCGAUUAUCUGCCAUACAGAGGAAGAUCACCCUUAGCUACUGGUCUGGCUGUUUGCCUAACCUACAUGGAGAAAUCAAGUAAACAGUUACAACAGAAUGGCAUGGAAAUCUAUCCUCGACUGAUCAUUCUGACAGACGGCUUUGCAACAGAAGAUGUGUCAUUUGGUGAUGAUAAUGACCAACCCGAUCCAACUGCUGUUAAUGUGAAAGCCCGUGUGGUACAGAUAGUGCGAACCUUCCAUGCAAGAAAAUAUCCUGUGUCUUGUGGAUCCGUUAAUCAACAAAACAAUGAUGAUGGUAUGAUUGAUGAUAUUGCGGCAAUCGGAGGAGGCACAAAGAUUGAACUGUUCCAGCAACCAUAUGGGAAAGAUCAAGCAAAGAUUCUGGGGCGAUAUUACUUCUAUAAAACAAUUGUGGCCCAGGUGAAACUUGAAUUUGAAGAAAGUGGAGGUAGAAGGGAUGCCAGUAAAAUCCUGAAUGAUGCAACCAUGAACAAGAUUCUCAAUCAAGGAGACAAGGACGAACUGAUUAACAUGCUGCGAACACACGGCAUUGAAGCAAAAUUUAAUGACCCGCUACCAGGUAUAAAAAAUUCAGAUGAAUCGGACAAUGAAAUGUUAAAGAGUUAUACAUUUCAAGAAUUGGCACACAUGCCAACAAUUGGUAGCCGUGUAAAGAAAGGACCACAGUGGCGACAUGGCACCUCUGAUCCAGGCGGACUAGGAACAGUGGUGGCACACGCCAGUGAAGGUGUUGUUGUGGUCAAGUGGGAUAGGGGCACGGUUGACCGUUAUCAAUAUCGAUCAGACUUCCAGGAGGUGACAUUUCCAGGUGGUCCUAGCCAGCCACGCCAGAUGCAGUCAGGGGAGAACAUAAACGUUGGAUGCUGGGUAAAGCGAGGACCUCACUGGAGUAAAGGUGAUGAGGAUGGUCAAGCUUCCCAUGGAGUGGUCAUUAGGCGCCACAGAAAUAUGUCUGUCACAGUGAAGUGGCCAAUCGGCAUUGUGGAGAGAUAUAAGUGUGGACAGGAUGGUGUUAUAGAGGUGGAAGUUGUAAGCCAUGUUCCUGCGUCAGAAUUACAAACUCAGUCCUACGAUCAACAAUUACCUGUCUCCGAGAGUGGGACUGCAGCUGCAUCAGCGAUGAGAGAGGGUGGUUUGGUGUCCUGCUGGCAGUUCAAGGAUGGACUCGACCAGUGGCGAACUUUGACUCUGGAAGAGAGUGCCAAGGUGGACAAUCAUCGCGAUAACAGCAAACCAGGAUUGAUCACAAUCACUCACAAAGGAACACAGUAUCAUUUUGAGCUUCGCAACAUGAGGUACAGAGAGCAAGGAGGGCAGACUCAUGGACCGAUACAGCAGACGUUUGUAACUCAAGAAGAUUACCAGACCAGAAUGAUGAUAGAAGACAUUGGGGCUAUGUAACAAGAAAAUGAUGUUGAUGGAUAUACCAGUGAUUGGGAUGAAGAUUCUGAGAGAGAUAUCUAAAGUAGCUAGUUUGAGAAUAGACACCUUGCUACAGUGAAAAAUCUGCAGUGCCACUCAUACAGAUAUGUUCCUCUGCAGUACACAUCAAGACAGAAUUCUGGAUUAGUCCAUGCAAUGUGAAGAAGAUUAAAACAAAUAAGGUGUAUCUUUAUGACCUGCAGGAGAGUUCGUAUCAGUAACACAUGAACAAGUAACUUACAAAUUGAUGUCUGAGUGAUGGUAUUAAAAUUCAGUAUUAUUUGAAUUUAAAUCUUUUAAUCCUAAUUUUGUUUUAUUUGUGUUAUACCUACCUAAGUAAGUAAAGCAGUAUUCCUGAGCUUUAACAGAAGUUAGAGGAGUUUGCUGAUGUGAUGUUUUUACUUUGGUAUGGUACAGAAUUUUGGUAUUAGUUUUUGGUUAAUUAUCUUGACAUAGGUAUUUGUUUCUAACUCCACUGAUCAUAACUGACUAAUGAUGAAUUGUGAAAUUCAUGAACUAUGUGAAAGGAGAAAGUGAAGGUAAAAUUUUAAGAAAAUUGUAAAUGAUCAACCCUGGUAUGCAUAUUCUGUAAUAAGUCGAGGGGGACGCCUCUUUACCUCAGAUUCAUACUCUGAGGGAGGGCUCCUACACUCAGUGAAUCAUGUAAGUUUGGCUUCUGCCAAAAAUUAACAGGGUCACCGCAGUAAAUUCAGCUCAGUCUGUUAUAGGGCCGGAGUGAUUGAAUCUAGUAGCAGUUGAUCCAGUUGAUGUGACAGUAUAAAGUCGUACACUAAUAUCAUGACAUCAUUAAUUGUGAGUCAGGUGUUAUAAAGUUGAAUUAUACAUUUAUCCAAUAUUAAUGUUGUAUAUGCCUAAUAUAUUGAUUUUGAUAGUCAUCAGUCAAGGUUAAAGUCUUACUUGUUAAAACUGAUUGAGAAACGGUCAGAUUAAUUAUGAAAGUAUGGCUGACAGAUUGGCCUAAAACACGAAUGGUAUGUAUACGCCUCCAGCAAUAAUAUGGUUGAAGUAUUACCAGUAUAUUGAGUAAAUUGAUAUGAAUGCAGUAAUAGUGAAAAAGUUUGAAGAGAAUAUUAAGUGACUGAGGGAUGUUUAUAACAGAGUAAUAUGGUGAAUUAAUACAUCACUCUUGUGUGAUGUAGACAGAAAACUUUUAACAUUUGGGAUAAGAUGUUUGAAGAUCAGUACAACGUUUGAUAGAGAGCUGAUCCUCUAAAAUCUUAUUCCAUUGUGUGCCUUACUGCAUAUAGGGCUUAAACUGCUUACAUGCUGUUGACAUUCAUGUACAUAUGAAUGCCAACAGCAUAAGGGCAAGUUCAAUGAAGCAUAUUAUGUCUUUAACUAUUUGGCAUUUACAAUGCACAUGAAUACUAAAACCAGUUCAACACUUGUAUUGCAUUGAUCUUACGCUGUUGGCAGUUUAUGAGUUGGUAAUACAAAUAUAUUUGAUAAGGUUAAGCUGUAGCAAUGACAUCUAAUUGUGUAGUGUUUAAUUUUGAUCAUCUUUCUGUGAAGUGGUGAUGUUUCAAGAAAAAAAAAGAUAUGACCUGUCUUUAAUGCAGUGAAAUAUAGUAGAAUUUAUAGAAUAUGUUUCUCCUUGGUGAUGUGGACACAGAAACACAAGAUUGGUAAUGAUGAGUGUAAAUUUUCUUAAAAUAUAUUCUUAGAUAUUAAACAUCCUCAGUCUUUCAUUGUACAAGGUUGAUUAUAGUUUCCCACACUAAGCUUUAGUAUUAAACCAAUUAUGUCAUACCACCAUCAAUAAUAAUGCACAAAUUAUCUUUUGUUUAAUUUAUGUUAAUUUGCUGUUGUAUGAUUUGUGAAAUGAUAACUUGAUCCAAUUGUAAACUAGUUAUUUUUUCAAAAUUUAAGAGCAGGAAUGCUGGCCAAACAUCUAAAAACCGAUAUUUUGUCCAUGUUGAUAUGGAAUGUGCCUGUCAAUGUACAGCGAACUUGGUGGUGUUUUUUCCUGGUAUUAUGGCAGAAAAUGGGCUGUUUUCCUCAGUCAGAAUGUGUUGUUUUCUUAAAUGUCAGAAAAUGUCAAUAUCUUCACAAAUUUGCAGGAAAUACUUUUGUUUUAUUUUUGUUUUUGUUUUUUUUUUUUGUUUUCUUUUUCAAUCAAUUAAGGCAGAAACUGUUGUGUAAUUUAAGUAAAAUCACAUUUUAAAUAUUAUUGAAGGUUUGGAUAAUACCCAGGUAGACAACCGUUUUAGAUACAGGUAUCACUUUUACUAUUGUAAUCAUGAAAUUGAUUUUAUCCUUGUUUGGUUUAAUGUGAUGUUGAUAGUCUGUUUUUGUAUGCAUGUAAUCGUGUCCAUAAAAUAUUGUAAAGUAUAUAAAGUAUUGUAAAUAAUUUGUUGUCUUUUUACUUCCCUUACUAGUAUUUCUUGAGAAUGUUUCUUUCAGUACAGCUGAGUUUUUUACAGUGUGUUAACAGGCUAAAGUGUGUCUGCAAUGAAUGUAUUGAUUAUCUAUAGUUAUAUAUGAAUUUGGGUGGUUGCUCACAGUCCGAUGAAAAUCCUAUUAUUUCACUGUACACUAUAUGACGAUACCUGCAAAGAACAAAAUCUUUGUGUCAGGAAAGUUUUAGUCCUCUGUAAAUUCUUCUCUACAUUUUAUUCUUAUCCUUAUUGAAAUGCAAGGAUAAUUCAUGUUUGGAUAUUUCUUCUUGUGUGAAUUUUGAAACCAUAUUUAUGUACAAGUACCGUGAAGAAAAAGUAUUUCCUGAAAAAUUAUGGAACUAUGUAUAUAUAGUUUAAACUGUAUGUAACCAACCUCGCAGAUACUUAGAUACUGUUUGGUUGAUAUUUCAUGUAUUUUGACCACUUCUAAAAUGUUAUGCAAUAAUUUUGUUCAUAACUCUUGUUAAUUUGCUGGCUGAGGAUAGGUUUAUGUAAUUAUACAUGAAAUUACAUGCUUGUUAUUUAACAAUGAAAUCUCCUUUUUAUUUUUGUGAAUAUGGGGGUGAAAAUAAUGAGGAUUUGUUCAGUUAUUUAGCUGAGUGUGAUGAAUGGUAAUUAUAUUUUUGUUGUAACACAGUGCCUUCCUCACAUUACCAACUUCUUUUUUUACCUGGACAUCAUUGAACUUUACACAUCCUCACAUCCUCUCAUGUGAGUGUGUGCCUCAACCUCCUAGGGUCAAAAAAGAGGUCACAGUUACUAUAAAUAGGAUUAUAGGAUUUACGUUAUGGACAUGAUCCUAGUCUAUAAUCAGUUUCCUUGGUCAUCACUUGCCUUCUUCACAGAUUUCUUUUAAGUGAUAAAGCUCAAGAAUGUUUCUAUUUUUCUUCUUUUUUUUUUGUUUCUGAAAGAAGUGACCAUUCACUCAAUGAUUAGCAAGGAAGAACAUGUUUACAUUUGGUACAAUCAAGGUGGGAUUUUGACUAUUCCAUUUUACAUUCCAUAAUUUUCCAACAAAAGAACAGACAUGCCUGGAAAUAAGCCCACCCAUAGAUAUUGCUGUUCAGUGAAGUUAUGAACCAAUGGUACUCCACCCCUACCAUUCAUUGAUUGAUUCAUUGAUCAUGUAUCUAUUCCAGUAAUACACAGCCAACCAACAUUUGUUUGUUAAGAUCCAGUACCAAUAUUUGACCAUACCGUCAAUAUUACUUACUAGAUUCUAUACAUGUAUAUAUGUAUAUAUAUGUAUAUAUGGUAACUUCCCCUAAUUGUGCAGCUGACUACUUUUCCAAUACAGGCUCAUGACUGAACACAGUAAUUAAGUUAAAGAUUCAACCAAGUUGAUGAAGUCAGUGCCAUUUCUACCUUUUUUAGAAAAUCGUCAUCAUCAUCAAGCCCAGUGACUAGAUUCUAUUUAAAUUUAUGAAUCUUCAUACAAUUAGUGUCAUCGUGUAAAAUCUCACAGAUGAUGUUUCUGUGACAUCAGGAUAAGAUAAAGAAAUUGAUGUAUGUCUCACAUCUGUAUGUUACAUUAGGAUGUAAUAAUGGAGACUAAUAGUUUGAAAUAACACUUGGAAGUUCGGCCUGGAAUUAUCUAUUUUCUGCAGUAUUUUUCUGAAUAAUUGAUGAUGUGAUUGAUGAAACAUGUCACUAAUUGAAUUUGUUCUUUUUAGCCUGUCAAGGGCUUAAAAAAUUAAUAAUGUGAAGACUUGUCUCGUACAUCACAUAUCAGAUGGAAAACAAUGUUCUAGGUCCUGUAUGUAUUCCACAAAGGAUUUGACAUGAACUACAUUGUAUACAGGUUUGUCACCUUUGUGUAGAUUUGCCAUAUUUAAUUAACAAUCAUGUGUAUAUGAUUGAUGAAAAUAUAAAUGAAGGCCUACUGGUAUGUACAUAUGAAAUACAUUUAUCAUAUGAUACAUAUUUAUUGAUUAUGUAUGUUUGUAAAUAACAAUACUUGCUUUUGUAUCAUUAAUGAUU